CGUCUGGCAGAUCCAGAGAAAUCGCCGUCGAGAGCAAAUCGAUCGGAAUCGAUGGCCGCAAAGCGAGCAAAACGAGAGUUUGGGGCAGCCCCUCCUGGCGGGCCACCCCUACGAUUCCAUAGUGAUCUUCCCCAGAAAUAUCCCGGUAGCGAAGCCUUCUCCGGCCAGCCAGAUGGCAUCGAUGGCGAUGGCACUGUGGUCUCGGAGAGCAGCCGCUUCCAGGAAGUUGCUGCUCGCGAUGAAACUGAUGCCAGGAUGGGCUUUUCGAGAGUUUCAGAUGGCGAAACUCGUCUCGGUUGGAUGGUCAACAUGCAUGCGACCCUGAUCAAAGAUCCAGAGUGGCCCUCGGGCAAGGCCGCAGUGGAUUUUUACUUUCUCGAAGAAGAUGGUGGAUCGUUCAAGGCAACUGUGAUAUAUCAGCCAUACUUUUUAGUGAUGUGCCAGGAAAAUACCGAGGAGGAAAUCGAAGAGUAUUUUAAAAAGCGCUUUGAGUCUACGAUUGCCUCUGUCGAGCGCAUCCAGAAAGAAAAUUUGAGCCUGACGAACCAUCUCUCUGGAAACAAGAGUGCCCUCUUGAAGUUUUCGUUUCACAAUGUCUCGGAUCUACUUGCUGUCCGAAAAGUGAUGCUGACAGCUGUCGAAUGGAACCAAAAAAGACUGGCACAAGCCGAUGCCUUUCAGGAUGCGUUUCGGAUGUUAGGACCGGGCACUAAAAACACAAAAAAAACCAACGUCAACUCACUCGACCACAUCAUCGACAUUCGUGAAUACGAUGUGCCAUACUACAUCCGCGCAGCCAUCGAUAACGAUUUUCGAGUUGGUGUGUGGUAUCAUAUUUCUUCGUCCAGAGGCAAGGUGUCGAUCACACGAGACACAACCAAAGUCAAAAGAGCCGAGCCUGUUGUUUUGGCCUUUGAUAUUGAAACAACAAAGCUGCCGCUCAAGUUUCCUGACGCAGAGUACGACAGUAUCAUGAUGAUAUCGUACAUGAUCGACGGCCAGGGAUACUUGAUCACCAACAGAGAGAUUGUCUCGGAGGAUAUAGAAAACUUUGACUACACCCCAAAGCCAGAGUAUGAAGGCCCGUUUACUGUUUUCAAUGAACCAAAUGAGAAAUCGGUGCUUGUUCGGUUCUUUGAGCAUAUCGAACAGGUCAAGCCCACUGUCAUCGCAUCGUAUAACGGUGAUUUUUUCGAUUGGCCAUUUGUGGAGAAGCGCGCUCAACACCAUGGUCUGGACAUGAAAAAGGAAAUAGGCUUUGAAUGCUCCAACGACGAAUAUCGAUCGUCAUUUGCCAGUCACUUGGAUUGCUUCUAUUGGGUCAAACGUGACAGCUAUCUUCCGCAGGGCAGCCAAGGCUUGAAGGCCGUCACCAAAAGCAAGCUUGGCUAUGAUCCUCUCGAACUCGAUCCCGAGGAUAUGACGAGAUUCGCUGCUGAACAGCCACAGACCCUUGCUCAAUACUCCGUCUCCGAUGCUGUGGCAACCUACUAUCUCUACAUGAAAUACGUGAAUCCGUUCAUUUUCUCGCUGUGCAACAUCAUUCCAAUGAACCCCGAUGAGGUUCUAAGGAAAGGAUCGGGCACACUAUGCGAAACGCUGCUGAUGGUCGAAGCCUUCAAAGCGAACGUGGUCAUGCCCAAUAAGCACCUCGAUCAUGUUGGCAAGACCUUCAACGGCCAUCUGCUUGAGAGUGAGACGUAUGUCGGUGGUCAUGUUGAAGCCCUUGAGGCAGGCGUCUUUCGCAGCGAUAUAUCUGUCAAGUUCGAUGUCGUACCCGAGGCUUUGGAUCAGCUCAUUUCGGAGGUCGAUCACGCUUUGCAGUUCAGUAUUCAGACUGAAGGCCACCUAAAGAUGGAUGAUGUCGCUAAUUACGAUGAAGUUAAAUCCAGCAUCAUUGACAAGCUCCGCUACCUCCGAGACAAUCCAUCACGCAUGGAUACGCCUUUGAUCUACCACUUGGAUGUUGCUGCCAUGUAUCCCAACAUUAUCUUGACCAACCGCUUGCAACCAGAUGCCAUGGUAGACGAAGGCGCGUGCGCUUCGUGUGACUUCCAUAACGGAGGCAACAACACCUGUCAGCGCAAAAUGACAUGGUCGUGGCGAGGCGAGUACUUUCCGGCCAAGAGUGGCGAGGUUAUGAUGAUUAAGAAUCAGCUGUCGACCGAGCGUUUCCCCAGCAAGCACCCAACCGAUUCCUAUAAAGCCUUUCACGAGCUGAAGGACGCCGAGCAAAACGCGCUGCUCAAAAAGCGAAUAUCGGAGUAUUCGCGAAAAGUCUAUCACAAGAUACACGAAACUCGUAUUAUGGAAAAGCAAUCUAUCGUCUGCCAGCGUGAGAAUCCGUUCUAUAUCAAUACUGUCCGCAACUUCCGUGAUCGGCGAUACGAAUACAAGGGCCUUCUCAAAACCUGGAAGAGAAAUCUCGACGAAGCAAUGGGUUCAGGAGAUCUUACUGCCAUCGACGAAGCAAAGAAGCUCAUUGUCGUCUACGACUCGCUUCAGCUCGCACACAAGUGUAUCCUCAAUUCCUUCUAUGGCUAUGUGAUGCGAAAGGGAGCUCGAUGGUACUCCAUGUCGAUGGCCGGCAUCGUUUGCUUGACCGGCGCAACGAUCAUCCAGCUAGCUCGCUCCAGAGUCGAGAAAGUGGGACGCCCUUUGGAGCUCGACACAGACGGCAUCUGGUGCAUUCUUCCAAGCUGCUUCCCAGAAAAUUUCAAAUUCAAGCUCAAAAACGGGAAGAACUAUGGCAUCUCGUAUCCGUGCGUGAUGCUCAACCACCUGGUACAUGCACAGUUCACCAAUCAUCAGUACCAGGACUAUAAUCCCGGCUCGCACCAAUACGAUGUCCGAAGCGAAAACUCAAUUUUUUUCGAAGUCGAUGGGCCCUACCGUGCCAUGAUUCUUCCGUCAUCGACCGAAGAGGACAAACUCUUGAAGAAGCGCUACGCCGUCUUCAACGAUGACGGUAGCCUUGCCGAGCUAAAAGGAUUCGAAGUCAAGCGCCGAGGUGAACUGAAGCUAAUCAAGAUAUUCCAGUCACAAAUCUUCAAGGUUUUUCUUGAGGGAAGCACACUUGAAGAAUGCUACAGUGCCGUCGCCUCCGUUGCCAACCAGUGGCUCGAUAUCUUGUUUUCAAGAGGUGCUGAUCUGAAUGACCAAGAGCUCUUUGAUCUCAUCUCUGAGAACCGCAGCAUGUCCAAGGCCCUGGACGAAUACGGCAGCCAAAAGUCCACGUCAAUCAGCACUGCCAAGCGACUGGCCGAGUUCCUUGGCGAUGAGAUGGUCAAGGACAAGGGCCUCAAUUGUAGAUUCAUCAUCUCGAGUGGACCAAGCGGCCUCCCUGUCAGCGAACGUGCCAUUCCCGUGACCAUCUUCCAGGCCGAAGAAGGCGUCAAGCGACAUUUUUUGAGAAAGUGGCUCAAGGAUCCGGCCCUCACCAAUUUUGACAUUCGCACCAUCAUCGACUGGAGCUACUACCUCGAGCGCUUUGGAAGUGUGAUCCAAAAGCUGAUCACCAUUCCAGCUGCUAUGCAGGGAGUGGCCAAUCCAAUUCCACGCAUCAAGCACCCUGAAUGGCUCUCGAAACGUGUCGCCGCCAGGAGCGACAAACUCAAGCAGUUCAAAAUCUCGGAUAUGUUUCAGACAACGACCGAGCGCUUCCUGGUGCCAGAAAUCAGGGAUAUGGAGGACAUUGGCAAGCAUUCGGUGAACCAACAGCCAACGUCCAAGAUUCAGCGUAAGGCCUACAAAAAGCGAAAGACGACCGAUGGCCUCGACAAUCUUACCAUGACCGUGGCCGAUCUGCCCGAAAACAUGCCCGACAUGUAUAGCGACUACCGCGGAUGGCUCAAGUUUCAAAAACGCAAAUGGAAACGCUCCCGCCUUGAGCGGCAGGGGCACCGCUUCGAGGACGACGCUCAGACUUCUGGGGUAAAUCACGGCGAUAAUGCUCGUCAGUUUUUCCGGCGUCAGACCGCGUCCAUAUUCAACACUCCCUGGGAGAUUCUGCAAGUCGUCGAAACAGACUCCCCGGGCGUGUUUCGUCUAUGGGUUCUUCUCCACGGCCAGCAACUGCACAACAUCAAGAUCACGAUCCCACGAAUCAUUUAUCUCAACAGCCGCGAGGCCAAUGACGAUAUUGCCGCAAUCGAAGGCCUGCAGAUCGAAAAGAAAACCAAGAUUCUCCCGCGAUCCCACCCAUGCCUGCAUCUGUACGAAAUGAAGAUGGACGAAAAGGUGUGGCAGCAGCACUCGGGAUUGUUCACGGCGAUGUUCAACCACGAAAAGAUCGAGGGCACCUAUGAAACGCAAGUUCCCCUCUUGUUCCGCGCGCUGGUGAAGCUCGGCUGCACGGCCCGUGUUGAGCGUAAUUCAACUACAAGCAAGAAAUCCAUUGAUGAGCUCGAUCUCGACGACCUGACUGCCGAUGGAAGGGCAAGCUACCUCGAAAACAGCAGCCUCCACCAUCUUUAUCUCUUCCAUUCAAGCUCUGGCAACCGACACGUCUUUGCGCUGUUCGGUACAGCGCGCGACCGGGGCUACAUUGCCUAUGUCGACCCCGGCCUGAAUCGAGGUGCGAUUCCAAACCUCCGAGCCCUCUAUCGCGAGCUGCGAGAGGAGACCAGACAAGCAUCCCAAACGAUGGACCUCGAAAACGACAAAGUUGAUGUGGCCUCCAAAGCUAUGUUUCAAUACUUUGAUGACAUCGAGAUUCAAUGGGAAAUCUUCGGAAGCAGCCGCGAAGGCUAUCUGGGCGCCAACCGUAUGCUGCAGCAAUACCAAGAGGAACGCCGAGGGCCAACGGUGCUGAUUCUUCAAUCCGGCCAUGCUCCUCGGCAAAUGGUGGAGUGGAUUCCACUCAUCAACGACUUUCCUGUGGCGGAAAUGCCGCUCCGGAAGGAGGACAGCAUCUUCCCGGCGCUCGGCUGGCAACAAAUCGUCACUCGACAGAUGCUCCAGCACUUUUUCAAUGUGGACUCGUGGCUCUCUGAGCGAGUAGCGAUAUCACAAAGCUCUCACGUUCCACUCUGCAAUCUCGAUCACGAUUACGCCAUCUGCAUAUCAGAUAUAUGGUUUGCUCGCAAGUUGGUCAAGGGCGAUAUGCUCCUGUGGUACUCUUCGUCCGAGAAACCUGACUUGGGAGGAUUGGAACAGGAUGACUAUCGGCGAGAACUCGACGACUUGCUCAGUCCCGAGGUCAAUGUUGCUGGCGCAUACAGCAACGUCUCGAUGGAAAUCAGCGUUCAAAACAUUGCCAUCAACACAGUCCUGGCCUCAGCCACCCUGAGUGAGCUCGAAGGCAGCUCCGAUGCAAACACGCCCUACGCUGAGAGUAGCAAGGCCUCGAUCCAAGAAAUCUUGAAGAAUGCCAAUUUCAUUUCCUCGGACCAUAAUCAAGUGUCCUCGCACACAUUCGGCGUUCUCCGGGGCAUGGUGCAUGGCUGGUAUAUCCACUACAACCAGAGUGGAGACACCCUUUCGCUCAUGCUCCUCGGGCAUUUGUAUCGUUGGCUCAGUACCCCAACAGCCAAGUUCUACGACCGCGCCCUCUUUGAGUUGAUCCACGGAAUGAUGAAGAAGGUGUACAUGCAGCUCAUCGCAAGCCUCAGAAAGCUCGGAUCGACGAUCGUAUAUGCUUCCUAUGAGAAGAUUGUGCUCAUGACCUCCAAGAAUCUGCUUGCUACGGGAAUAGCCUAUGGUGUCUACCUUGUCAAAGCGCUGUCAGAGAAACCUCUGUUCGCAUAUCUGAAGCUCGAGCCGACGGCAUUCUGGGGAUAUCUACUCUGGAUGGACAAGCACAACCUGGGCGGACUGAUCUGCAGUAACUUUGAAGAUGUUCUCGAUGGUGUGGUCUCGAAUUGUUCCGUCGCUGGAACCUUGAAGCUAUUCCUUGAGUGGAACAUACAGUCCUAUCUUCCUCCCCCACUUCAGCAAAUGUUUCGCCUCCAGAUCGGCGGUCUCCUUAACGAGAUCCUGCAGUUCAAACGCCGGGUCGAUAGCGCACCCCGACAGUCGACAUCGACUCUAGGCAACAAGCCCGAGACGGAUGCAGAUCUUACGUCCUGCGUCAAGUCCUACGUCUCCCAAACGAUGAAGAGAUUGAUGUUCAAAGAUAUGAAUGAAAUCGAAAGCCACUUGGUAAAGCACGGCCGACAGAGCGAUGCAUACGCCUUUCCGGUCCUUGCCGGCUCGCAUCUCUCCAUGAAACGGCCAGAGCUUGAAUAUGCAAAGUUUGUCUGCGCGGUCGUCGCGAUCGACCCUGCCAUCGAGUUCGAGGCGCGGCUGCUCAAACGAGACACGAUGAUGAUUGCCGGAGUCAAGGAGUUUUCAGACGAAGCCGCGUUCCAGAACCCCUGCGCCAACUUUGUCCUUUCUCAGGUCUUCUGCGAGUGGUGCAACAACGUCCGCGAUGUUGAUCUGACGCGGGAAGGGACCGAGCUUGAAGCUCAGAGUAAGACUUCCCCCGUCAACCAAGCUUCCGAUGGCCGCUGGUGGAUAUGCCACGACUGUGGAACGGAGUACGAUCGAAGCAUGAUUGAGCAGCGCUUGAUCGAAAUCGUUCAUUGGAAACUUACGGAAUGGCAGCUCCAAGACACCAGCUGCGUCAAGUGCCGCCAGGUCAAAGCAGAGAAUAUGAGGGAGAGUUGCGACUGCGGCGGCUUGUUUGGGACUGUUCUCCAGCGCGAUGAGCGCUUGAGGACACUCAAGGUGGUGCUGAACAUUGGGCAAUUCUACAAGAUGAAUAUGCUCUGCGAGGUUGCGGAAUGGGUUUUAGCGAUGGCUUAACGGAUGCAUGGGCGUUCAUUAUUGGGACAAAUCUUGCUUCGUCAUAUCGCUGAGCAGUAUGCUCGAAAUGGACCAAUGACCCUGUUUCGCUGUCGAUGACGGUCCUUUCUGUCCCCAAUACAUUGAUGCCCAGCAAACGGACCCGCC